AGCGGCUCUCUGCAGGCCAAACGCCGAGACGGGCGGGCACCCGGCAGAGCGCCCCGCGGAACGGACCGCGCGCACGGGGCAGCGCUCCGAGGCGGUUGGUCCCCUCCAGGCUGCCGUAGGCGGCGGGCAGGGGCCGCGGGACGCCGGGCGCAGCCAUGGCGGCGCCGAGGCCGCUGUCCCGCUUCUGGGAGUGGGGGAAGAACAUCGUGUGCGUGGGCCGGAACUACGCGGAGCACGCCCGGGAGAUGCGGAGCGCCGUGCCGCGCGAGCCGGUGCUCUUCCUGAAGCCUUCCAGCGCCUACGCGCCCGAGGGCGCGCCCGUGCUCAUGCCGGCCUACACCCGCGACCUGCAGCACGAGCUCGAGCUGGGCGUGGUGCUGGGCAGGCGCAGUCGCGCCGUCCCGGAGGCCGCCGCCAUGGACAGCGUGGCCGGCUAUGCCCUGUGCCUGGACAUGACCGCCAGAGACGUGCAAGACGAGUGCAAGAAGAAGGGGCUGCCCUGGACGCUGGCCAAGGGCUUCACGGCCUCCUGCCCCGUGAGUGCAUUCGUGCCCAGGGACAAGAUCUCGGACCCCCACAACCUGAAGCUCUGGCUCAAGGUCAACGGCGAGCUCAGACAGGAGGGUGACACGUCCUCAAUGAUCUUUCCCAUCCCCUACAUCAUCAGCUACGUUUCUAAGAUAAUGACCUUGGAGGAAGGGGAUAUUAUCCUGACCGGGACGCCAAAGGGAGUUGGCCCCGUGAAAGAAAACGAUGAGAUCCGGGCCGGCAUACACGGGGUCGUCAGUAUGAGGUGCAGGGUGGAAAGGCCAGAAUAUUGAGCCUGCACAACGCCACUGAAACUCCUUAAGCUUCGGGACAGGAGGGAGCUGGACAGAAGCAAGCCAAGGGAUUGUUAAAGAAAGCUUUAACAAUAAAUCUUUUAAUAAGAAAAUUUGUUAAGGUUUUUGAAAAUGCUGUGAUUAGAUUGCUAUGCCUCAACUCAAGGAAGAUGGAUCCUUCACGGAAAACAUGUCUAGAAGAUCUGGGACAGAAAUGGAAAGGAGCAAGAGUUCUAGGAAACAACCAGAAUAAAAUAUUUGUGAUGCUUCCAAAGCUAAGAAUCUGUGAGACCAGUGUUCCUUUCCCAAAACUGGACUGGGUCAUUCUGGGAUCAGUAGCUUGAGACUUAAAAUCUGUAAAGGAAAUUGAAAAAGUAUGUUUCAAAUUAUAGUUUCUCAAAUUCCUUUGUUAAUCAUCUGGAGGUAUUUUUAAAAAUAAAAAUUUCCUGACUACUG